AUGCAGUUCCGAUUUCUCCCAGUACUGAUAUUCGUUUUGGUAAUUAGCUUGAUUGAGGUAGCGGCUCAAAAACGUCCUCGAAUGGUGAGUCCUCCAAUGGAACAGCAACGUAAACAGCCUCAAGCUCCUCCGAAAGGUCAACGUUAUCCACUGAGGAAGAAUGACUGCGGAAACACUAUGCCCGAGCAAGUGUGCAAAAACAGGAAGAGGAACUGUGAGGACAUUAAACUGUGGGGAAUGCCACAAACGAAGCUUGGAGUGCAGGCUUUGAUCGAAGAAUGUGGUGCAUACUGUGGCCUUUGCGUAAGAUAA